UGACUCAGAUGGACAAAGCCAAGCCUCGGCCACCCUGUCACCGGAACUGCAGCCCUGGCGCAUAACACUUCAAAAGGUGUGCAUGAGAAUAAAUGCUGUGAGAUCUGGAGGAGAGCAAGAGGAACACACACUCCUACAGAGGGGCUCACACUGGUCAGUACAAGGGUCAACACUACUGCCAGGGAUCCAGAACUUUCUUUGCCUACAGAUGAACUGACCACAAUUUCAAUAAACCUUUGGAUUUCAGGGAUCAUAAUCCCUUUGCGUUACUGUUGCAUCGGCUCAUCCAUAGUUAACCAAGGAGGCAUAAAAUAGAAAGCUGCAAAUUGUUUUUCCCAUGGCGAGCAUUUGGGUCUCUCAACUGGGAACCAUCUGCAGCUCCAAGACUUUGCUCUUGCUGCUUUGCGUCCUGCUGCUUCAGGCACUGUGUGGACAGAGCAGCCCGAUAUCUAACACCCAUCAGAGGCAUCGCCCCGAUCCAGGGCUGGGAGACGGGCACGGAGGGGUGGUGGAUCCGUCACUGCUGGAGCAGGACAACAACAUGAACAUGCAGAGCCUGCUGGAGAGUCUGAAGGAACAGUUUCUACGGACAUUCAACCUGUCUGGCUUGGGUCCUCCUCCCCUGCCUCCUGGAGGCACACGAGAAGAGCCACCUGAGUACAUGAUGGAGCUUUAUAACCGUUUUGCAAAUGACCGCACUGCUAUGCCCACCGCCAACAUCAUACGCAGCUUCAAGAAUGAAGAUUCAUCCCCCAGUGUUGUGGGCGUGGGAGGAGUAAGGCGUCACCCACUCCUCUUUAAUGUGUCAGUCCCCCAUCAUGAACGCAUCACGACGGCUGAGCUUCGCCUCUACACCCUUGUCCAGACUGAUCGCCACCUUUAUGCUGGUGUCGACCGCAAGGUCACCAUCUACGAACUGGAAUUGCAAGUCGGAGAUGACAACAUGACUGAUGAGAACACAAUGAGAGGUGAUGGAUUCAGAGGGGGAGGCGAGCAGAUACAGCAGAUGGAGUUGGCUUCACGCCAGGUCUACGGCACCGAUAACGGCUGGGAGGCCUUUGACCUCACAGCUGCUGUUCAACGCUGGCGCAAAUCUGAGCAUGGCAGCACACACCGGUUGGAAGUGCAUAUUGCCAGCAUGGCUAAUGAGGAUAACAUUGAAGGCAUGACAGAGGACAAUAAAGACAUUAAUCCACCUGAAGGGGACAUGAAGAUUGACACCAGCCCUGAGGAAAAACACAAACCUCUGCUGAUUGUUUUUUCUGAUGACCAAAGUAGCGACCACCGUGAUGACAAGCGGGAGCUGAAUGAGAUGAUUGACCACGAAACCUCCAACAUGGUUCUCCAAAAUGACUUGGGGAUUGGCCUGAAUGGGCUGUGGGGGGAGUUGGGGAGGGACACUGAUGAGAGAGAUGAAGAAACAGAGCCAGACGAAGAGGACCUUAUCCAAAUGCGAUCCAAUCUGAUCUAUGACACAGCAUCCCGCAUUCGUCGCAAUGCCAAGGGCAACCACUGCAAGAAACAAUCUCUGUACGUGGAGUUCAAGGAUAUUGGAUGGGACAGUUGGAUCCUGGCACCCACUGGUUACGAUGCCUUUGAGUGCGCCGGCAUUUGCUCCUUCCCACUGACAAAGCACGUCACACCCACUAAGCAUGCCAUUGUCCAGACAUUGAUCAACAUCAAUAGUCCACAGAAGGCGGCACGAGCUUGUUGCGUGCCCACCAAGCUGGACCCCAUCUCCUUGCUGUACUUGGAUGACACAGGCGUGGUCACCUACAAGUACAAGUUUGAAGGCAUGGUGGUGGCUGAGUGUGGCUGCAGAUAGUCAGUGCUUUGAGAGAGUUAACUCUUCAUAAAGUCUUAAAACAAGAAGAAAGACACAACUAACAAUACUCUGGAAAGGAGGUUAGACAAAACUGUCUUCAACAAAGGGACUAAUGUUGGAAUAUCUGGAAGGGGUUGAGAUUGGAAAUGCGCAUCCACUAUUCACGAAACUAUGUGCACUCAAAAUGAAUGAUUGUGGACAAAUACAUGUUUUUAACAGCAAAACAGAAGUACUUCAUUUAAAGGCAUGAAUAUCAGUGGGCAUCAUUCAGACAGUGGGAAGACAGUGUGCUGCCAAUAGUGAUGCCAAGGUGUGUCCUCAUACCCGCAAGAAUGACAAGGCACAAGAUUUCCCAAAGGACUGAACCAAGAACAUCCUAGUGUGUGGUGGGAACCAGUGGGCCACUUGUCCCCCUCCCUCCCCUUCCCCUUGACAUCUGUCUUCCUCUCCACUUAUCUCUGGCCUCCCCACUCGAUGCAAACACUAAUCAGCACUUUGUGUGUCCUGGCGCAGCGAAAUGACCUCCCCAAGGCAACCUGACAAGACAUGAACUCUCCAGGCCCACCUCCUGCCUCCUGCAGCCUCCUGAUACGUAGGCGCUGUGCAAGGGUCCUAGUGGCAGGGUUAUCUAUCCCAACUCUGUUUCCCACUUCACAUGCCUCUUUUCCACUCCCCUGAGCUACAGCGAUAGCAAGGUGUGGGGGGUUGAGAAACAUGUAUGCCACCACUCAGGCUUGGAGAACUGGACGCCAUUCUGGGCAACUUUGGAGGUGGUGGGAUGGGGGAGUCGGACAGGGGUUGUCUACAUUCCUAGGCAACAAACAAUCUUAACUGGCUCAACUCACUGACCUAGCAUCAUGUGCCCCUAACAUAUCUCCAACUUCUCAAUUGAGGCAUCUAUCACUUUUAUGGUAAAAAUGGCCGUUUGGACAGGUAUUAUCUGAUGGCCCAUCUCAAGAGUUACAUUCCCUUUAUGGACACCAAAAGGAAAGACAGUUACAGAAACACAGUUGUUGAGAAGCAUUUUGAUACCUCUGCUGCUUGUGUCAGUUAAGACUAUUUAUUGUUCUAAUUUAUUGAUUUUUACAACAGAGACGAUAACUAUGUAUGUACAUUUGUAAGUUACUUACUGUAGAGAUAGUUGUGUAUCCAUGACAAUGCAUUUGCAGCACAAAAUUAAAUUUGUUGGGAAGAGGAAUGGUAACAAUUUAUAAAACAAUAAAAAAAACUAUUACUUAAACGAUCCUACAUGAGAAGUCUUCUCUAAAUUAAUUGUUAAUCCUUACUUACGUCAUAAGGAUUACGUAAAUAUUUAGAUCUGAAAUACCACACUAAUGUUGUUUUUCACAGUCAACUGUACAUGAUGUAUUUCCCACAUUACAAUUAUCAGUCAAAGCAUCUUAGUCUGUCAACUUUACUGUCCAAUAUUUAAGGAAGAAGCUGCUAGACCAAUGAUACAAUGCAUUUCUGACAUUCAGAUAAUUUAGUCGGACAGUAUCAGCUCACAGGUCAUAGUUCAUGCAUGACACACAAACAAAGAACCAUGGGAAACUGAGUGGAAGGCCCACUAAUGAACAAAAUGGAUGGCCUGCUGCUCACACUGACAGCUAGCAGAUGCAGACAGCUGUGAUGGAAAACCUGUUCGUGAAGAGAAACUGUGUACAGAAUACAAACAAAGAUUUGAACACCAGUAUCUCUUUCUGUUCUCACUCAUUCUUCUAAUGUUUAGUAGAUCGGAAGAGUAUUGUAAGUAAAUAAGUACCAACG